AUGGGGUCCUCCAAAAUGGCCGAUGGAUUCCAGAGCAAAGUGGUAGCACCUCGGAAUCCGAAGCUAGUCAGAGAGGCAGAGGAGUCCGUAACUCUGACUCCCUCUGCCUUCCUGAAGGAGAUGUCUCUUACCACCGAGCAGAGGCUGGCCAGCACUCGGGAGAUGAGGCGGCCGCGGAUUAUCCAGCUUCUAGACAUGAGUGAAACCUCCCAUCAAAAGUUCUCAGCAGUCGACCUGGAACAGAGCUUGUUUCAGCCUUUCCCAUCAGAGGUGGUAUUUCAGAGCUACGUCCCCUGCGAGGUCUACGAAGUGCCACUGGUUCUGAGGAACAACGACAAGGUUCCUCGGCUGGUGAAGGUCGUCUUGGAGAGCUCACCUUAUUUCAAGUUGAUCAGCCCCAAUGCUGUGUGUCGUAAGGUAGCACCUGGCAUGCCUUCAACUUUCCGCAUCCUUUUCACCCCUGAGGAGAACAAGGAUUACUUCCACCAGCUCACCUGCAUCACAGAAAGGGAAAAGUUUAUUGUGCCAAUCCGAGCUAUAGGUGCCCGAGCUAUCCUGGACUUCCCUGACCAGCUGAACUUCUCCGUCUGUCCAGUCAAGUACGGCACCCAGAAAACUCUGCUGGUUCGCAACGUCGGUAAUCGGGAGGCCCGCUACUGCAUCAGCACUCAGAGCCCUUUCUCUGUCGAUCCCUCCAUCGGGACUCUUGGGAUUGGUGACACCAUGCAAGUAACAGUGGAGUUUCACCCGCUGAAGACUGGGGAUCAUUCCAGAUCCCUGAUAGUUCACUAUGACACGGGUGAAGAUAUUCACACAAGCCUUUAUGGAGCAGCUGUAGAUGUCAACAUCAGGCUAGACAGGAACUCCUUGACAGUUGAGAAGACUUACCUCACGCUGUCCAACCACAGAUCUGUGGUCAUCCACAAUCGGAGUGAAAUCAUAGCCCACUACCAGUGGAAGGCUUUUGUUACUCAGGAGGAGGAGGAUCAGCAGAAGCUGAGGCUGUGUCGCAGGCUGCAGAGGCAGGAAGAGGACGAGACGGAUUAUUUUCUCAAGGAGUGCACGGUGGACCCCACUCUCCGAGAACGCCUUUCCCUUCUCUCCCGCACCUUCCAGAACCAGAGGGCAAAGGUGCAAGGAGACUCCAUGCUUUUCUCUGAUGAUAUCUUCACCAUUGAGCCUGUGGAGGGAGAUGUCUGGCCAAAUUCUUCGGCUGAAAUUAAUGUGAUCUUUAAACCCCGAGAAGCCAGAGUCUAUCAACAAACGGUCUACUGCGAUAUCUCAGGCCGAGAAACGAGGCUGCCCCUGCGCAUCAAAGGGGAAGGCAUAGGGCCCCGGCUCUGCUUCAGCUUUGACCAGCUGGACAUCGGGAAGGUUUUUGUUGGAUCAGCCCACAGCUAUGAGGUGAUCCUGUUUAACAAAGGAGCCAUUGAUGCUCUCUUCAACUUGGUCCCUCCAGUUACAGCUCUGGGCUCCUGCUUCACCUUUCUCCCCCGGGAGGGCAUCAUCUUGCCGGACGGGCUCCAAGUCAUCCAGAUCUCCUUCAGUUCCACCAUCCUGGGGCAGUUCACAGAAGAAUUCAGGUUCAGUGUGAAUGGAUCCCCUGAGCCUGUGACCUUGACUAUCAGGGGCUGUGUCAUCGGACCGACUUUUCAUUUCAACGUACCUUCCCUCCGGUUCGGUGACGUCUCCUUUGGCUUUCCUCGCACCUUGUCAUGUUGCCUCACUAACACCUCCUUGGUGCCCAUGACUUUCAACCUUCGCAUUCCCGGAGAUGGCUCGGGAGAGCCCAGUGCUACCAGUUUUGUUCAGAUGUCAGACAACACUCGCCCUUCCUGGAGGAAGGGAGCCCAAGGUCACGUCAAGCCAACCGAAUUUACCAUAAGGCCCUGCAGAGGGACCAUCCGCUCCCAGGGACUCCUGGAUAUCCAGGUUACCCUGUGUUCCAACACUGUGAAGAGAUACGAGCUGGCACUGGUGGUGGAUGUGGAUGGUGUUGGCAAGGAGGUGUUGGCAUUGCUUCUCACAGCCAGAUGCGUAGUUCCUCCGCUGCGAGUGCUCAACCCCAUCGUGACAUUUGGACGGUGCUUUCUAAAAUUCCCUUAUCGGCAGAUGCUGACCCUUGUGAACGACAGCGAUCUUCCAGGCUGCUACGGGGUUCUUCCUCAGGUUUGGCAUCGCGAUGCUGCCGUGCGGUACUCCAGCCCUGAGCCGUGUGGGAUCAUCCAGCCUCACAGCUCGGCAGAGGUUCCGUUUACACUGGAAGCCCAGGUGACCGGAGAGCAGCACACUGUUGCUCGUGUCGCUGUGUUUGGGAGCGAAGGAUCCCCACUGAAAAUCCAUUUAGUGAGCAUUGGAGAAGGACCAGUUGUCUACGUGCAUCCGAGUAAGAUAAAUUUCGGCAGUAUCCAAGUUCUACAAGAUGCUUCCCGAACUCUCCACCUCUCCAAUCAGACUGUCAUCCCUGCAUCCUUCUGGGCAGAGAUGGCUGGCAAAUGCUCGCGCUGGAGGAUUGAACCUGGUAAAGGAGUGAUCCCCCCCGAGACCGAGGUGUCUGUGACUGUCAUAGCAAACUUGGAUGACACUGAGAAAUUCAAGGACGAGGUGAACCUGUUCAUAGAGGACAGCCAUACCUACGUCAUCCCUGUCCGGGCUGUCGGCAUCGGCACCACAAUUGUCACCGACAAACCCUUUGCUCCGGAGCUCAACUUGGGACCCCACUUCAGCCGGGAUCCCUGCUGUUACCACUUCAAGAUAACAAACAAAGGACGCCGCACCCAUCAGCUCUAUUGGACAACGGAAGGUUUUGCCCCGUUUCGCCAGCGCCAUCAUCUCCCUGCCGUCAGUAACACCAAGGGCAAAGAUUCCUCCCAGAGCCCCAAACCUGCCUGCCCUGUGUUUAAGCUUCGACCGCUGAGGAUGGAGCUGAUGCCGGGCAAGACAAUGGAGAUGAUGCUGGAAGGCUCCUCCAGCACUCCUCAGGUAGUGAAGGAGCGGCUGCUGUGUCACGCCAUCGUGGGGAAUAAGGCAGGGAAGGCACAGAUAAUGCAAGUGGAUGUCACGUGCGAGUUCGUUGCUCCCAUUCUGCAAAUGUCCUCCAGGGAAAUCACUUUCCGGGCAGAGAAGCAACCCAGUGAUGUCCUAACUCUUCAGUACAAGCCUCUUUCUUUAAAAAACAUCUCCUCCCUGCCACUCAGCAUUGUCCUCGCCUUAGAGCAACCCUUCUUAAUCUGCGAUGCGGACCGGCAGCCCCUCCCCGCAGACGUUCAGCCCAUGAAGCUGGAGAUAGGGGAGGAACUUCAUCUCUCCAUCCAAUUUAACCCUGCUUACAAAGAGGAUUUGAAUAUCUGGGUAGCAGAGAAGGCUCUGAAGAUACUGUUUCUCGAGCAUCCUCAUGAGGAGCAGGUCACCGUUCGGGGAGAAGUCUACUUUCCGAAUCUCCGUAUCCAGACCAUGGCCCUGGACUUUGGCUGCAUCUUGAACGACACUGAAGAUGUGCGUUAUGUCGAGAUGACCAACUGCAGCCCGCUUCUUGUACAGUACCACUGGUCGUUCCUGACAGACAGCCACACGCACCAGAUGAGGUUCAGCCCUCCAGCACCUAAAUUUUUCAUCAAACCCCAACCACCGAAGGAAGAGGGAGCCUGGUCAGAGCUCUCGGCGUCUGCAGAGAGCAGCUCCGGGGAUGGAGGUGCAGCGGAGCCAGCCGAAGCCCUGGGAGCAACAGGGGAUCCUGCCCAAGAGCCAGCAGAUGCAGAUGACUCCCUGGAAGCAAAGCCGCUACCAUCCACUGCUGCGGAGCUGGAAGGUGCUGCGGAGACUCGGAGCCCGGUGAGGGUCAAGGAAUUGAUGCAGUUCAUGGAGGCAGAGCCCCUCGCCUUGGGAGUGGAGGAGGUUUUUGAUGUCCUGCCGCUGUACGGUGUGCUGCGGCCGGGCGAGAGCCAGCGGGUCACGUUCACCUUCUUUGGCCACGCAAACAUCGUCGCCCACGUCGUGGCGCUGUGCAGGGUGGAGGGAGGCCCGACUUACGAGAUCGCGCUGAGCGGGGAGGCUUCGCUCAUCAACUACCUCCUAGACAUCACGGAGAUCGACUGCGGGCUGCAGCUGUUUUACGAAGUCACCGAAGCAGAGGUCACCCUGCAGAACAGCGGGAAAGUAGGAUUUACCUACGUGGUGCUAAGCCCCAGCGCGGCCACUGCAGACAGCCCUCUGCCUGGCGUGCCCCUGGUCGUGCCCAGCACGGGUUACGUUGGACCUGGCAAGGAGCAAGUCCUCAAAGUCUAUUACCUGCCGGGAGUGCCUGGAGUCUUCUGCAGGACUUUCCAGAUCCAAGUGGGUCACCUGGAGCCAGAAGAGAUCUCCCUGAAAGGAGAGGGGAGCUUCCCCAGGAUCUACUUGGACCUUCCCAGGAACAUCAAAGGAAACGAAAAAUAUGAGAAGAUCCUCAAAGAGGCAAAAGAGAAGAUGGAAAAAGACAGCCAGAGAGAUGAAGCAGUUUUUCUGGGGGAGGCUGCAGCCGCAGAGCCACCCACGGAUGACUCUGGCACCUUUGACACUCGGUUGCAGAUGCAGAUGGAGCAGAUGCUGAUAGAGGAACAUGCCCUGGAGCAGCAGAAAGCUCUCUCCUCCGGUCCCCCAGAGGACACUGCCUUUGACCAGCGUGCUCGUCGGAGGCUUCUCAAAGCUGAGCUGCCCGAGUACGUCCUGGACUUUGGCUACGUCAUUCUCGGUAACAUCCACACGCACAUCGUGAAGAUCACCAACACCGGGCAGUUCCCUGUGUCCUUCCACGCCGAUGGACGGGUCCUGUGUGACACAGGUUUCAGCGUGGAGCUGGACCGCGUGAAGCACCUGCCCUACUGCGAGACAGAGACGUUCGAAGUGCGCUUCGACCCACAAAGUGCCAACCUGCCGCUGGGAGAGGUGGACGUGCUCCUGCCCAUCAAGGUAGCAGGAGGCCCCACGUUUCACGUCCACCUCCGUGCCAACGUGACUGUGCCGUCCCUCCGCCUCUCCAGGGACAGACUGGAGUUCUCCGCUGUCCAGUGUGGGCAGUGCCAGGAAGAAACUGUCCAGCUCCACAAUCAGCUCCAGGUCGCCUGUAAAUGGUUCAUCACCAUGAAUGAGCCUGUUAAGAAGGUGGACAAACAUUUGCCAGCAAGCAUGCGUCGGAAGCUGCUCCAGGAGUUGAAGGCCAAGCCCUGUGUCUUUGAGGCGCUGCCCUCAGCUGGAGCCCUCACUCCAGGACAACGAUGCAACGUGCGAGUCAGGUUUUCGCCCAUGGAAGAGAAGUCCUACAAAAGUGAGCUGAAGAUUAACAUUUGCCAGAGCAGCCAGCAUCUCCAGCUGCAGGUCUCAGGGCGUGGGCUGGAGCCGCGGCUGGAGUUCAGCCCCCCAGUGCUCGAGCUGGGACCGUUGCUGCCGUACAGCCAUGGGGCGGAGGGGACAGUGGUGGUGAAGAACCCCUGCGAGUUCCCCAUUGAGUUUUACUCGCUGGAGUUCGACCAGCAGUACCUUGCUGAGGAGCAGAUCCUGCGGAUGCUGAAGGACUACGAUUGCCGCAACACCUUAUUGCUGCCUCCGCGUGCCCCGGGUGAGAAGCUGCCCCCAGAGGUGCUGGAGUAUUAUCAGGAGCAGAAAAGGCUGCAGGAUGAGCAGGCAAAGUCCAAGACUGGGGAACCGGCAGGCCGGGACAACGCAAACUCUGAAGACGUCCAGUCUUUGUCGGAUCAAGGAGGAAAGCACUCUGCUGGGAUCGUUCACACCACCUCAUCCCAUAGCUCAAUCGUUCCCUCCUCCAUUUUUGAUGAAAGCCAGUCCAACAAGGUGGACUCUAAAUCUGAAUGUGGAGAAGAGGAGGAGGAAGGUGCUGAGAAAAGACACGGGACAGCAGAGCAUCGGCAAAGCACCGCUAGCAGCAAGGAGGCCGCGGGAGAACUGGACGACAGCCCUGUCUAUAAGGCCAUCGCCCGCCACCUUGGCAUCGAUAUCUCUGCGGAAGGGCGCGCAGCCCGAAACCGCAGAGGGAUCGUCGUCAUCGUCCACGGGGCACCCCUGACAGGCAAGACGUUGGCAGCGGUUGCCCUGUCCAAAUACUACGGCGCUGCCUGCUUGUCCAUCGACGCCGUGGUGACAGAAGCCAUCUCGGACAGGAGCAGCUUGUCAGGGCUCCGCGCCCGGGAGCUGUGCAUCAGGGCUGCCAUCGAGCAGAGCCACAAGGAGACAGAGGAUGCCGGUAAGGAGAAACGUCAAAACGCAGAGGUCUCCCUCAGCCUGCAGUUCAGCUCCGAGGCAAAGCACAGCCCAGACGUGAGCCAGUCCAGCUCCGGGGACAAAGUCAGCCUGCAGUCCGUCAGUUCCCGAGGUCGGGCGAGCGCCGCAGCGGGCAAGAGGAAGACGGAUAGCCAAUCCCAGAAACAGCAUCUAACGGAUCCGACAGGCUCCCAGCGAUGGCUGAGCAUCAGUGGCAGCACAGCGGGAGAGCUGGGCUUUAUGAGCUGCGUGCUGCCCGAGGACUUGCUGGUGGCCAUCCUCUCUGAAAGGCUGCAGUUGAGUGACUGCUACCAGGGAGUGGUGUUUGAUGGCCUGGAGACCCUCUUUGCACGCAACACGGCAUCUGCUCUCCUCUGCUUGCUCAAAGCUGUCAGAAAUCGGCCUUACAUCUAUUUUGUGAACCUGUUCCAGGAUUAUGCUGCUUUGAAAGCCAGGGAGACAGCCGCAAAAGAGCAGGAAGGACGGGAGCAGGAAGAAGCUGCCAGGAGGGAGAGAGCACGUCUCUGGGAGAUGGAUGAGGAAGAGUAUGAUGCCCUCACUGAGGAGCAGAAAGCUCAGUUUAAUAACAAUAUACGACAAGUCCAGCGUGAGAGGAAGAAGAGGGAGAUGGAGCAGCUGGCUCGAGAGCUUGAGGAAAAGCACCGGCGGGAGCUAGAACGCUUGAAGGAGGAAGAAGAGCUGAAGAAGAAGUCUAAGCGGGGGAAGAGAGAGCUUGGAAAAGACAAAGAUAAUGCUUCAGGGAAGAAAAGCCAGCCUGGAGUCAGGCAGAACACGAACACAUCCAGCAACACCAACGUGUCCACCAGCAACCGGUCGGAUGUCACCGAGGGGGUAGACAAGAAGGGAUCUGUCAAGGAGCACCCAGACUCUGUUGCAGGUGACAAGGAAGAUAAGAAAAAGCAGAGCAGGGUUGCCCUGACGGAUCCCUGCCCGGUGGUGGUUGUGCGACCCGCAGAGCCAGAAAAGGAGGAAACCAAAAACGAGGCCCAGAGUGACAGCGAGAAGAACUUGGCCCUGAGGUUCAAGAUCUACGAGGCAUCGCAGAAGGAUGUCGCGCAUAUUUUGUCAUCCUGGGACAGGUUUCAGGGUAUCCUGCUCUCCCCUCUGAACCAAGAGGAGGUGUGGCACCAAGCAGAAGACCAGCGCCAGCAUUUAUCCAGCCGCAGGAGCCGGAAGGACAAAGAGAAGGAGCGUCAGGAGAGGCUGGAGAAGGAGCGUGCGGAGAAAGAACGCCUGGAGAAGGAGCGGCUGGAAAAACUGAAGGCACUUGAGGACUCCAAGUUAUCUCGGCUGGAAGGGGAAGGUGCAGAAGGGUCAGCCAGAGGCCAGGAUGUAGGGGUGCCCUGCUUGGACAUCCAGGUGCUGAGCUCAGAAGAUGUGACUAGGAGGAUCCUGGAGAGCGGCAAGCUGCCAGCGGCAGAGCAGGUGACAAUGGCACAGAGCCUUGCCCAGGCCACUGAUGAUGAUCCACAACAGCUCUGCGGCAGCCACGUGGCUGGGGAAGUUCUCAGCAUCCCUCAGACGGUCCUGGAUGGCCUGGGACUGGGUCCCUCAGGGCCUCCCAUUCCCCCUACCGCUUUUUAUUCUGUGAUCCGCUACCCGGAGAAGCGGAUGGCCCCCGCAGCAGGAGAAGCCCUCAAGCACUUCGUCUUUGUUGUGCCAGAAGGUGCCACUGCAGAAGAUGAAAAGAAGGAUACCGAAAGUCUCGUGGAUGCCCCCGUCAUGUCAGAGCAGCAGGUCACCCCAACCAGGGGCCGGUCGAGGAAGGAGAAGGCCACGGGCAGCCAGGAGGCUGCGAGGGAGAAGCGGAGCUCCGGCCGGGGCAGGAUAAGUCUCCAGGGGCCAGGCACGGGAGCACCCACACGUCCCCCUAAGGUGGACCAAAGUGGCAUGGACAGGACCUCCUCUUUAAUUGCCAGGCUGAGCAGCUGCCGGUGGAUAGUGCCUGCCCGUGGUGAGGUGGAACUGAAGGUCCACUUCAGCUCCACGGUGCUGGGCCAGUUUGAUCAGACGCUGCAUUUUGAGGUCCUGGGGACAAACCGUCUGUACCAGCUGCACUGCAGGGGCACCUGCCUGUAUCCCACCAUCAGCCAGGACCCACGGCUGGUGUUUCCUCACUGGAGGAAGAGCAAGGCGGAUGAUGACAUCAUCUUCAAGCAGUAUGUCAUGAACACGGGUGUAUUCCACUUUGGACCCCUCUUGUGUGGGAAGUCAAGAGACUGGUACAAGGCGCUGCACUAUCCCGGCAACUGCGAGAAGAUAACCAUCCUCAACGUCACCCCCUUGGAAGCAGAGGUGCAUUUCUCCUUUGAGCGCGAUCUCAAAGCGGACACGUUCCUUUUAGACCCUCCCAGCAUGAGGCUGAAACCUAACGAGAAGCAGGAGCUGAGCAUUUGGGCGUACCCCACUUCAGCUGGCCUCAUGGAAGACAAGCUCGUCUGCUGCAUUCGGGAGAACCCAGAGCCGGUGGUCUUCCGCCUGUGCUGCCAGGGGGUGCAGGUGGAGCUGGGGGUCAGCCCCAAGCAGGUGCAUUUCGACAAGCUGCUUCUGCACAGGAGGGACAGCAAGACCCUGGUCCUGCGAAACAGCACCCCACUGCCUGUGCUGUGGCGGCUCAGUGGGCUGGAAAACCUCGGCGAGGACUUCUCCGUGUCGCAAGAUGCGGGCGUUGUUGGUCCCCGCACAGAGUUUGGCGUGCAUCUAUAUUUCAAGGCCACGAAGGCUCUCAGCAUUAAGAAGACGAUCCGACUAGAGGUUUCAGAUGCAGAAAACGUCCUGGGGAUUGUUCAGAUUGAAAAUAUCCAAAUCCUUGCGGAGGCCUACGAUGUUGCUCUGAGCAUCAGCAUUUCUAAAGGUACCAAUGGCAGCGUGGAUUUUGGAAUCCUUAAGGUCCUGGAUGAUGCAAAGCAAGUGCUGACUCUGAAGAACAAAGGGAAGUACGAGAUUGUGUACAGUUUCAAGCUGGAAACCGCAGAUACCAACAUACCCGACUUGGCAUCCCACUUCACUGUCCAGCCGCAGAAGGGCGUGCUGACUGUCUCCGAGCGCCCCAUGCAGGUCCAGCUGCUCUUCCACCCCAAGAUGGAAAUGAAUAUUGAGGAGAAACCCAUCCUGCACUGCCAGGUGAUUGAGCCCAGCAUCUGUGAAGGAGGCGAGACCAUCGCCCUCAUCCCAGUGCGGGUGUCAGCGAAAGCUGUGUUCAGCAAGUACAGCAUUUACCCUGCCUCGCUCAUCAACUUCGGUGCCAUGAUGAACGGCACCAGGAAAACCUGCACCUUCACGCUGGAGAACGAAGGCAUCCUCGACUUUAAAUUCCUCAUCUACCGAGCAGACCAGGAUGCACCUGUAUUGCCAAGGAAAAGCGCACAUCAAAUGAAAUCUGCCUGCUCCCACGAGAGUGAAAGCUUAAGCAAAAUGACUCCCUCAGUCAAGCAAAGCAAGCACUCGCUGCAAAAGGACGCAAACCUCUUCAUGCAGGCUCGCUUCACUGUAGGCAUGUUCACGGUGUACCCUGGCUUUGGCUCCAUCCCUCCUGGGGGCCAGCAGAUGAUCACGGUGGAUUGCUACGCAGAGCCACUGGGGACAUGCAGGGAGCACCUGUCUAUCGAUAUCGGCGACAGAGACCCCAAGGACAAUCCCCUCGGCAUCCCCUAUACCCUGUUUGCCGAGUCCUGCCUCCCAGCAUUUGUGGUUGACGACAUAGAGUCCAUCUUUGAGGAGCAUCGAAUCUGCAGCAACAUCAACCUCUGCCAGAUCCUACAGACAGUGGAAGAUAAGGGCGUGUUCAUCACAGAUGAGAACAAGUUUAUCUUCACCAAUGUUCUGGUUGGGCACCGGGCCGCAGCUCGCUUCAAGAUCCGCAAUGUGGACAAAGUCCCCUGUGACGUGGUCCUCUCCAUCAAACCCAUCCCCGGUAAGCUGAACAGCCGCGUUAGCGACAUUUUUGAGGUGGAUCCCGUUCGGAUGUGUGUGCCCAGCCGCUCCCACGCCUUUGCUACGGUGACCUUCGCUCCACAGACGAUGCAGAACUACCAGUGCACUUUUGAGGCUUCCCUUGAUGUCCAGGCAAGCCCUGCAGCAAUUAAAGCACAAAGCCUGACCUUCGAUAUCAGUGGAGAUGGGAAUCUGCCUCGGGUGACGGUCCUGCGCCCGGUCCUUCACAAUAAGAGAGGGAACCCUCUGCUGCUCUUCAAGAAGCUGUUGCUGGGUGAUUCAGAAAAACUCCCUCUGGUCCUUCAUAACGGUGGCAUCGUACCUGUCCAGUUGAUGAUAGACCUGUUGGAUGAAGGGGGAGUUUUCUUCCUGAAAGCCAGGCCCACCACACACUGCAUCUACCAGGCUGCAGGCGUGAAGGAGGACUCUCCUGGAGAAGGUAAAUUCAGGAAGCCCCACACCGCUUCCCUGGUCCUGCAUCACGGGGAAUUAGCAGAGUUUGACGUGCUUUUCAAACCCAACCUGGCCCAACGUGUGGAAGGGAAGAUCCACCUGUCAGUGGUGGACAACCCCUAUGAAGAGACCAACAUUCAGCUGGUGGGUGAAGGCUACGAGGAUGACUUCACGCUAGAUAACAUCCAUGGACUAGUGGCAGACAGCAAGGAGGAGAACACUGAGGGCAGUCUGGAGGAAGACAUAAUCGAGGACCCCUUGCUCUCAUUCUUAACAGCUGCCAGAGUGGAUCACAUCCAGUUCGGGGACUGUCACAUCGGGACACCCUACCCUGUGACCUUCACCAUCACCAAUCGCAGCAGGGUGGAGGGGAUGCGGUUUGAGUGGCUGGCAGGCACCCCAUUUCACUUCUCCCCCCAGGUGGGACACCUCCAUGCUGGCUGUGCUAAGGACAUCACAGUGACCUUGAAAUCGGAUGUCGCAGUCGCCUUCAAAAUGCACCCUGUGAAGUGUAAGGUGGCUAGGAUCGCCUUCCAGCUGCCGCCAGAGCAGGUGACCGACUGGGACGACCGCCUGCGCACCGUCAAGUGGGUGGAUGCCGUGAAGGGCCCGGCAGCCACGUGGCCUGUCAAGAAGAAGGUGAUCGAGACCGACCCAGAACCAGCUCACACUGUCCUGGAGAAGAGCAGCCGCGAGGUGGAGCUUCGCCUCAGUGCUGUCGUUGACUAUGCUGAGUUCAAGCUGGAUACGGACGUGAUUCAGUUCAAGGAGACCUUGCUCUUCCAGACGAGGACAUUCACUUUCCAGCUGUCCAAUAGAGGGAGCGUGGCCCUGGAAUACACCUGGAUGGCGGCUGUGGAGGACGAAAGGGCAGUGAGCCAUACCGGGGAGCCGCUCCCGCCCAGUCUGGAUGGUAAGGCACUAGCUCUCUGUGGCAGCUGGGGUUGCCCGGAGCGUUACAAUCGACCCUCCUACGCUUGCUCUGACACUUGUGCUCUGCGCGGGAGCUCAGGGAAGAGCCACGUGCGUGGUUCUGCGGGGAAACAGGGCUCUCAGGUCUCUUCUUCCCUGAGCUCGUCUCUGAGCACCGUCAGUGCCACCCCGCUGUUCUCAGUCGAGCCUUGCAGCGGCACCAUCCCUGCCGGCCAGGAGCAGCUCUUCCAGAUGAAGUUCUCCCCGGUGUACGUGGGGGACUUUGAGAGCCGUAUGCUCUGCAGUAUUCCUAACCUGAAGCCAAAUCAGAAGGGCCCAGAGGUGGUCGUGAAGGGGAGAAGCCUGAUGCCAAACUGCCACUUUGAACUGGAAGACUCUGACUACAUCACUGCAAAAAGGCGCAACCCAGAGUUGCAGGGACCAAAGGGGGCAACGUUAGAUCUCAACACAAGAGUGGUUGAGUUUGCGGCAAUUGGAGUGUGUGGCAGGAACAGCAGGACCUUCAUGGUUAUGAACCCAACCAGUUCCACGUAUUCCAUCCAGUGGACUUGCCAAGACCCUGAGGCCCCACCAGAACAGGUGGCUUUCUUCUGCCUCACGGAGAGAGGUCAGAUCCAGCCAGGGAAGAAAGCAGAGAUGAAGUUUGAAUUCAUCCCCCGGCACCUGGAGAUCACAGAAUCAUUCUGGGUCUUUACAAUCCCUGAGCAGAGCAUUUCAGUCCCGUUCCUGUUGGUGGGCAAUGCCACCGACCCGCUAGUGACUCUGGACAGAUCCCACCUGAACUUCCACUUGCUGUUAAUCGGGCACGAGGUACACCAGACUGUUUAUAUGAUCAACAGUGAGAAGGAAGCCUUCAGCUUUGCUUUCAGAGAAAGCUCUCUCUUCUCAGAGGGAUGCAACGCCUCUGUGAAAAUAGAGCCCAUGGAAGGCUCCAUCGCUCCUCUUUCAAGGUUUCCCGUUACAGUCGUCUUCACACCAACGCUAGAAGGAGAGGCGGUCUUUAACCUCAAGUGCGAUGUCAAGAGGAAGACCCAGCCCCUCUCCUUGAACAUCAAGGCCACCGGCUAUAGCAUGAAUGUGUCUGUCAGGUGUGAGGACAGCGACGGCUGUGUCACUGAGCUCAGCACACAGGAGAUCAACGUCAUUGAUUUCAAAGAGGUACAGCUGAAUGAGAACAUCAAACGCAUCUUCAGCAUCUGCAAUAACGGCAAGUUCAGCUUCACCUUCUCGUGGGAACUGAGUGGCCCCGCAGCCCGUAAGCAGGUCCUUACCGUCACCCCUCGGAUGGGCGCCGUGCAGGCGGAGGGGAAAGCGGAGACCCAGCUGGCUUUUCACCCACAGAAGAUGUGCUCUUUGAAGGACGUAGAGCUGACGCUGCAGAUCAGCAAGGGUCCCACGUUUACCUGCGUGUUUCUUGCCACCGUGGUAGUGCCCACUGUCCACUUCUCCACCACCAGACUCAACUUUGGAGCCUGCUUCAUCUACCACGCUGGGAUGCCACCUGCCCGUCAGACCCUCGUCAUCACGAACAAGGCAGACAAGGAUGUGAGCUUGAACUGCUCGUUCACCAGCACCGCGCACCUGGAGGUGGACUUCCCAGGGUACGUCCUGUGCCCAAGAGGGACAGUGGAGGUGCCCAUCACUUUCUAUCCCAGAGAGGUUGCGUCUUACCGUGAGCUCAUCCCUUUUGAAAUCAAUGGUCUUUGCCAGCAGACUGUCGAGGUCCGAGGAAAGGGCACAGAAAUGAAGGUUGAUGUUGUGGAACCACAAGGAAAGGUGGUGAAGCUGGGAGCCCUCUCCGUCGGACAGACGGUGAAGAAGAUUGUCACCAUAGCGAACAACAGCGCUGCCCCUCUCACUUUUAAGCUCAGUCUCAUGUCCACCAUGCAAGAGCUGCAAGAAGCUGGGGUUCUCUGCUUGAAUCCCACCAGCGAACUAAGUCUGAAGCCCAAAGGAGAUACCUGUAAAGUAGAGGUGACCUUCUCCCCAAAGUGUCGCAUCCAGCCCUUCACCGAAGAAGUGAUGUUGGAGUGCAACGGCCUGGUGCGCUCCCUCUUCAUGGUGCGGGGCUCCUGCCAGGGCAUCCAUGUGAGCUUGGACCAGGAACACCUCAGCUUUGGAGCGGUGGUGCAGCAGAGCCACACAUCCCAGCGGAUCAUCAUGCAGAACACGGGCGACAUAGGAGUCAAGUUUAAGUGGGACAUCGAGAGCUUCAAGCCAGAUUUCUCCAUCAGCCCCACAAAGGGUUACAUCUCCCCAGGAAUGGAUGUCCCCUUUGUUGUGACCUUCCGUCCCUCUAAGCUGAGCCGUGCUAUCCAGUACGAGGGCCUGCAGUGCUUCAUCCAGGGCAGUGAGCCGCUCCGGCUUACGCUGGCAGGAUGCUGCAUGGAGACCCCUGUGACCAAAGAGACACUGACUUUCACAUGCGACGUGCGCGAGAAGCACAGUCAGACCGUCCUCCUGUCCAACCCGAGCAAUGAGGCCUGGACCGUGCAACCUGUCAUUGAGGGGGAACACUGGAAGGGGCCUGAAUUUUUCCAUCUAGAGGCCAACCAACAAAACAAGCCCUACAAGAUCACUUACAAACCCCUAACCAUGAGCUCUGAGAACAAGAAGCAUCAGGGCUCCAUUUUCUUCCCAUUGCCGGAUGGGACAGGCUUGUACUACCUCCUGCAAGGGAAUGCUGAGGCCCCAAAGUGUUCAGGGACCAUUUUCCGGCAGGUGCCGUGUAGGACUUCCUACACUGAGCUCAUCCCCGUCUCCAACUGGCUGAACAGACCACAGAGGUUCCUCGUGGUAGUGGACAUACUCAAACCGGAAAACCUGGAAAGCAGUUCCGUGCUGCAGGGGCUGGAAUACAUUGAUGUGCCAGGCUCUGCCAAGAAGGACUACAAGCUCACGUUCCUCUCCUACAAGGAAGGAGUCUUUAACACAAUGGUGACCUUCCUCAACGAGGUGACCGAGGAGUACUUGUUCUACAUGGUGACUUUCAAGGCCACCGCUUCGGGGCCCAUCGGCACUGUUGAAAUGACCACCGCUAUUCGGCAGAGUGUGUCUUCCACCGUCAAGGUGGACAACCCUCUGCCCGUCCCAGUGACGUUUGCCAUAGAUUGCAAAGUGCCCGACGUCAACGUUCCCCCACAUUUCACUGUUCCUGCGCAGUCGGAGGCCGAUCUUGUCUUUGAGUACCAGCCCCUGAAAAUGGGUGAGAGCACUGGACGGCUGGUGCUCCAGAGCAGCGACUUGGGCUCUUUCUACUACAACCUGCACCUGAAAGCCACCACGAGCAGGCCGGAGAAGCCCCUCUACUUCUGCACCACGCUGGGCUCUAGUCAGACCAUCGCCACCAAAAUCAUGAAUUACACCCGACAGAAGACAGACUACCUCCUCCAGACCAACUGCGCCGACUUCCAGACGGAGAAGACCAUCAGCGUGGCCCCCGCCAGCCCGGGGGGCUCGGAGGUGAGCCUGGAGGUGACCUACGAGCCCUGCCAGCUGGGCGAAGCCAGGGCCACGCUGCAGCUCUCCUCCCCGCUUGGGGGGGAGUACAGCAUCCCCCUCUUCGGCCUCGCCCUCCCGCCCAAGCCCCAGGGCCCCUUCCCCAUCAAGGCCGGCGGCACCACCUCCAUCCCCUUCAAAAACGUCUUCCUCCAGCCCGCGGCCUUCCAGUACGCGGUGGAGCACCCGGCCUUCGCCGUCAGGGGCCCCGAGAGCUUGCGCUCCAAGAAGACCACUUUCAUCACCGUCUCCUUCGAGGGCGGUCACGGGCAUCGGUCGGGGGGGGACUGGCUACCGCUCAGCUCAGGUCCCUCCUUGUCCUCUGGCCGGUAA